AUGCAUCAGGGGAAAACUUAUCUGGUGAAGGACUUGGAUUUAUCAAGUAAAAUUGCUUUGUGCCAAGAAGCCGACUUGAAGUAUUACACUAAAACUCGCGAUUACACAGAUAUUCACGUCAUCGGUGGUGAAAUUGCCUAUCCAGCUAGGAUGUCCACUAUCCAACUCCCUAGAACACCUGCCCAAGCACAUACUUGUAAAGUAACAACCACUUGGUUUGGCUUCCGCAGAAUAUGGAGAGGAAGCAACCAAGUUUUUGAUACAGUUGAAUUGUCACUUCCUAAUUUUUCAUAUGAAUCACAGGCUGUUUGGAUUCGAGUCCCCCAGUCAGUAAAAACAGCUGUGGAGAUCACAAAUUGUUCAUUUCGUGGAGGCUUACAUGCCGCUGGUCAUGCUCUUCUUAAUGUAUUGCCUUUAUAUGUCAUUUGCAACUCGUCUGAUAUAGCCUCAGAGUGUGUAAACCCUCACGAUGCCCGCUAUGCUCCUGAAAGAAUUUUGCUAUAUGAUCCUCAUCCUGGAGGGACUGGUAUUUCAGCACAGGUUCAACCGCUUUUCACUGAAUUAUUAACUGCUGCCUUGGAGCUUCUCACAUCAUGCUGCUGCUCUGGAGAUACUGGUUGCCCUAAUUGUGUCCAAGGUGUCCUAGAUGCAGAGAAGUCCUUGUUUGGAGAAGUUCCCGAGUCCUGACGCUUCCAUGGCCUCACGUAGAAAUUCAUUCUUCGUUUUUGGCUUUUGGACAUAGGUAGCAUUUUUCUAACUUUUUAAAAUCAAUUUCAUGACUUUGAUGACUGGAAAUGCAGGAGGGUGGUCAUCAACCUACGCUCAAAUAUUUUUACAAG